UCGGUUCCACUCGUGCCGUACACUAUGUCUCACGCCAUCUCAUGGGUUCUUCAGUGCGCUCGCGGUGUCUCAUAUCUCCACGGAAUGCAACCCAAGGCUCUCAUCCAUAGAGACCUUAAGCCUCCAAAUCUACUGUUAGUCAACGGCGGAACUAUACUUAAAAUAUGUGACUUUGGAACUGCUUGUGAUAUCCACACUCACAUGACUAACAACAAGGGCUCGGCCGCAUGGAUGGCACCCGAAGUCUUCGAGAGUUGGAACUACACUGAAAAGUGUGAUGUCUUCAGUUGGGGAAUCAUUUUGUGGGAAGUGUUGGCUCGAAAGAAGCCAUUCGAUGAGAUCGGAGGGCCGGCCUUUCGUAUUAUGUGGGCCGUCCACAGUGGACAGAGACCACCACUUCUCCAGAACUGUCCGCAAGUUAUUGAAAAUCUGAUGACAAAGUGUUGGGCUAAAGACCCGACAGAGAGACCAUCGAUGGAAACAGUGGAGGAGACUGUGGAACAGAUAUUUCAGUUCUGUUCAGAGUACGCAAAUGAGCCCAUUGUGCACAAUAUCACUCACUCAAGUGCGUAUUCUAAUGCUGACGACAGCCUGUCCUCCACGGACUACAGUAUAGACCAACAAAUGCAGACCCAAUUAGACGCUCCCCAACAGAUAGUGACCGAACCUCCCGUUUUUAACAGCAGCACUAAUGUUGGCGACCCUCACGACAUGCACCCAAGUUCGAAGAACAACCCGGCUUACAGUGUACCGCCAAAUAUGUCCGGAUUUAUACACAACGCCAACUAUAGCUCAGAAUUCUUACCACAGAAUAAACCCCGAAAAAUAUCUGAAGAGCAAACCCAUAGAGUGGCCAACGAUUUAGCGCACAUCCAGUCUUUUCGCGGCCACAAGCGCUCCAAUUCAAGCGGAACUCCUGUCUCCAUAACUGGCAGUUCGACCCAAUCCUCUCUCAAUAAGUCGCGUUCAAUCAUAACGAUGGCAGAUAUCGGUCUCAACGAUGACCUCACGGUCCCUCCCAGUAGUUCCCAAUCACAAGCACCUCAAGCGAGUGGUCGACACGAAUUGCCCAAACUGUCGAUGACUGCCAGAGAUAAUCCCAUUCCGCGAGCUGGUCCAUCGAAUCCAAUUCCCAAAGAUUUCAACGCAUAUCUGGUGUUGGAGUCGGACCUACAGCCCAUACAACCGGACACUAAUAACAGGGAUUCGAUUCAUAUCUUCGAAGAGCACAAACGGCUGUCUCAAGAGUUCCUUCGCAUGAAAAUGGAAGUAACGCUUCUGUCGUCUCGGAAGCAGGAGUUGGAGACCACAGAUGUGACCACAAACUCACUCGAGGAGUACAUCGGACUCAAGGAUGAGAACCAGAGCCUCCAUAAACUCAAAGAGAAUUUAAUAACUCAACUCAAUUUGAUUAAACAUAAACAGCGCCAGAGAGAGGCUGAGAGGGAUGGCGACUGGGUUUUGGUUGACCGCACCGACACUCACAACAACCAUCACUAACUCUUAGCAAUGAUUUUAAACCUGUAAUAAAUUUAUUCAUUUUAUUUAAAUGUUAUUUAUAUAUAAAUCUAUAUUUCAAACUAGCAU